ACCGUCUCUAGAGUAGAAACCGAGAGAAGAAAAAAAAACACAGAAGGGCCGCCGACAGUCUGCAAUCAUGGGUAUCUCACGUGACUCCAUGCACAAGAGGCGUGAAACUGGUGGAAAGAAGAAGGCCUGGAGGAAGAAGCGAAAGUACGAGCUCGGUCGCCAGCCAGCAAACACCAAGCUCGACACUGUGAACAAGACAGUGAGAAGAAUCCGCGUUCGAGGUGGAAACGUGAAAUGGAGGGCAUUGAGGUUGAACACAGGAAACUACUCGUGGGGUAGUGAGGCCAUCACUAGAAAGACUCGUGUGCUUGAUGUUGUGUACAAUGCCUCGAACAAUGAGCUUGUCAGGACAAAGACACUUGUCAAGAGUGCUAUUAUCCAGGUUGAUGCUGCCCCUUUCAAGCAGUGGUAUCUCACACACUAUGGUGUUGAUAUCGGCAGGAAGAAGAAGGGAGGAGCUGAUAAGAAAGAAGAAACUGAGGAGGGAGAGGCUGCCCAGGAAGCCAAGAAGAGCAGCCAUGUGCUAAGGAAAAUCGAGAAAAGACAGGCGGAACGCAAACUUGAUCCUCAUGUUGAAGAGCAGUUCAGUUCCGGAAGGCUGUUGGCUUGUAUUUCUUCUCGUCCAGGUCAAUGUGGUCGUGCCGAUGGAUACAUUUUGGAAGGUAAGGAGCUUGAGUUCUACAUGAAGAAAAUCCAAAAGAAGAAGGGCAAGACUGCUGCCUAAUUAUGAUUCUUUUCAAGUUUUGUUUUUGACUCUUUUAAGUGCUCUCAGCUGUUGGGUUAUCAACUUUUUUGUUUGUUGAAGAUGAUUCUAUUUAAUAGUUUUGUGCAUGACGAAACACUUGCUGGUUAAUUUAUAAUGCUUUUAUGGAUCAAUGUUUGACAAUCUGGUAUUUUGAUUUUCGCUCG